UCCUCCCCCUUUCUAGUGGCAGCUCAGUUGCGGUUGGGCCUUGGAGGCGUCAACGUUGCUCUCCCGUUCCAGUUUCUGCAAAGCCAUGGCUGUCCGGGCCCCUGCACCGCGGGGUGACGCCAGCGCUGAGAGAUACCUCUUUGUGGACCGGAACCAAGUGGGCAACCCAGCAUCACAGGCCGACUGGACAGCCAAGCGGCUGGUGUGGGUCCCCUCCGAGCGCCAUGGCUUUGAGGCGGCUGGACUGCGUGAGGAGCGGGGUGACGAGGUGUUGGUGGAACUUGCUGAGAAUGGGCGUCAGGUGCUGGUCGCCAAGGACAACAUCCAGAAGAUGAACCCUCCCAAAUUCACCAAGGUGGAGGACAUGGCAGAACUGACCUGCCUCAAUGAAGCUUCGGUGCUGCACAACCUCAAGGACCGCUACUACUCGGGCCUCAUUUAUACAUAUUCAGGGCUUUUCUGCGUAGUCAUCAACCCUUACAAAAAUUUGCCCAUCUAUACGGAGCAGAUCGUGGAGAUGUACCGGGGCAAGAAACGCCACGAAAUGCCCCCCCACAUCUAUGCCAUCUCCGAGGCUGCCUACCGAAGCAUGCUGCAGGACCGAGAGGAUCAGUCUAUCUUGUGCACGGGUGAGUCAGGCGCUGGUAAGACAGAGAACACGAAGAAAGUGAUCCAGUAUUUGGCGCAUGUGGCUUCAUCUCACAAAGCUCGGAAGGACCACAAUGUCCCGACUUCCAACCCCGCUUCCUACGGUGAAUUGGAGCGUCAGCUGCUACAAGCCAAUCCUAUCUUGGAGGCCUUUGGCAACGCAAAAACGGUCAAAAAUGACAACUCCUCCAGAUUUGGUAAAUUCAUUCGGAUUAAUUUUGAUGUGGCUGGCUACAUUGUUGGAGCCAAUAUAGAAACAUACCUGCUGGAGAAAUCAAGAGCCAUCCGCCAAGCCAAAGACGAACGGACCUUCCACAUCUUCUACCAGCUCUUAGUGGGUGCUGGUGAGCACAUGAAAGGGGAGCUGCUUCUGGAGCCCUUCAAUCAGUACCGCUUCCUCUCCAACGGGUACCUGCCCAUCCCGGGGCAGCAGGACAAGGAGAUCUUCCACGAGACCAUGGAGUCGAUGCGCAUCAUGGGCUUUUCGCAUGAGGAGAUACACUGUAUGCUGCGGAUGGUUUCGGCUGUGCUGCAGUUCGGGAACAUCGUCUUUCGCAAGGAGAGAAACACCGACCAGGCUUCCAUGCCCGACAACACAGCUGCUCAGAAGCUCUGCCACUUACUGAGUCUGAACGUCACCGAGUUCACACGCGCCAUCCUUACCCCACGCAUCAAGGUUGGCCGAGACUAUGUGCAGAAGGCACAGACAAAAGAGCAGGCUGACUUUGCCAUCGAAGCGUUGGCCAAAGCCACGUACGAGCGGCUUUUCCGCUGGCUGGUGCAUCGGAUCAACCGGGCCCUGGACCGUACCAAGCGCCAGGGGGCAUCUUUCAUCGGCAUCCUGGACAUUGCGGGUUUUGAAAUCUUUCAGCUGAAUUCCUUUGAGCAGCUCUGCAUCAACUACACCAACGAGAAGCUCCAGCAGCUCUUCAACCACACCAUGUUUGUGCUGGAGCAGGAAGAGUACCAGCGAGAGGGCAUCGAAUGGAACUUCAUUGACUUCGGCCUAGACCUCCAGCCCUGCAUCGACCUCAUCGAAAGACCAGCAAACCCCCCAGGAGUGCUGGCUCUGCUGGACGAGGAAUGCUGGUUCCCCAAGGCCACCGAUAAGAGCUUUGUGGAGAAGGUCAUUCAGGAGCAGGGGACUCACCCUAAGUUCCAGAAGCCCCGGCAGCUGCGGGAUAAAGCCGACUUCUGCAUCAUCCAUUAUGCGGGCAGGGUUGACUACAAAGCAGAUGAGUGGCUCAUGAAAAACAUGGACCCCUUGAACGACAACGUGGCUACCCUUCUCCACCAGAGCGCAGACCGGUUCACGGCAGAACUGUGGAAAGACGUGGACCGAAUUGUGGGUCUGGACCAAGUGAGCGGAAUGGGAGACCUUGCCUUCGGUGGCUCAUACAAGACUAAGAAGGGGAUGUUCCGGACCGUGGGGCAGCUGUACAAGGAGUCUCUCUCCAAACUCAUGUCCACCCUGCGCAACACCAACCCCAACUUUGUGCGCUGCAUCAUACCCAACCAUGAGAAGAGGGCUGGAAAACUGGAGCCUCACCUCGUAUUGGACCAACUACGCUGCAAUGGAGUCCUGGAAGGAAUUCGCAUUUGCCGCCAGGGGUUCCCCAACCGCAUCAUCUUUCAGGAAUUCCGGCAGAGGUAUGAGAUCCUGACCCCAAAUGCCAUUCCGAAAGGGUUCAUGGAUGGGAAGCAAGCCUGUGAACGCAUGAUCAAGGCCUUGGAACUGGACCCCAACCUCUUCCGCAUUGGCCAGAGCAAGAUCUUCUUCCGGGCUGGCGUUUUGGCCCACCUGGAGGAGGAACGGGACCUGAAGAUCACCGACAUUAUUGUGUCUUUCCAGGCAGCUGCCCGGGGAUAUUUAGCCCGCAAGGCUUUCAUGAAGAAGCAGCAGCAGAUGAGCGCCCUCAAGGUCAUGCAACGCAACUGUGCGGCCUACCUCAAGUUGCGCCACUGGCAGUGGUGGCGCCUCUUCACCAAGGUGAAACCCCUGUUGCAGGUGACACGCCAGGAUGAUGUGCUGCAAGCAAAGGCAGUAGAGCUACAAAAGGUGCAGGAGAAACACACAAAAACCCAAAUGGACCUCAAGGAACUAGAAAACAAAUACCAGCAGCUCUUGGAGGAGAAGGCCAUCCUAGCUGAGCAGCUGCAGGCAGAAACAGAGCUGUUUGCCGAAGCGGAAGAGAUGCGGGCACGGCUCUCUUCCCGGAAGCAGGAGCUGGAGGACAUCCUGCACGAGCUGGAGUCACGGGUGGAGGAGGAGGAGGAGCGAUGCCAGCAGAUGCAGGGGGACAAGAAGAAGAUGCAGCAGCACGUCCAGGACCUUGAAGAGCAGCUGGAGGAGGAGGAGGCUGCCCGGCAGAAGCUGCAGCUGGAGAAAGUGAGCAUGGAGGCCAAGCUGAAGAAGAUGGAAGAGGACCUGCUGAUGCUCGAAGACCAAAACUCAAAGCUGCACAAGGAGAGGAAGCUGAUGGAGGAGCGUCUCUCUGAGUUCACGUCCCAUAUGGCUGAGGAGGAGGAGAAAGUGAAGAGUCUGUCCAAACUGCGCAACAAAUACGAAGCGGUCAUGGCUGACAUGGAAGAUCGGCUGAAGAAGGAAGAAAAGGGGCGCCAGGAGCUGGAGAAGAUGAAGCGCAAGCUGGACGGGGAGGCGGGUGACCUGCAGGAGCAGGUAGCAGAGUUACAGCAGCAGAUUGAGGAGCUCCGCCAAGCGCUGGCGAGAAAGGAAGCCAAGCUGCAGGCAGCACUGGCCAGAGUGGAGGAAGAAGCCACGCAGAAGGCCCUGGUGCUGAACUCCUUGCAUGAGCUGCAAGCGCAGCUGGAUGCGCUGCAGGAGGACAUCGAGUCGGAGAAGGCAGCCCGCGCCAAGGCCGAGAAGCAGCGGCGCGACCUGGGCGAGGAGCUGGAGGCACUGAAGACCGAACUGGAGGACACCCUGGACUCGACGGCUGCGCAGCAGGAGCUACGGUCGAAGCGGGAGCAGGAAGUGACAGAGCUCAAGAAGACCAUUGAAGAAGAGGUCAAGACACACGAAGCGCAGGUGCUGGAGAUGCGCCAGCGCCACACGGCCACCCUGGAGGGGCUGCUGGGGGAGCUGGAGCAAUCCCGCCGGCUCAAAGUUACCCUGGAGAAGACCAAGCAAGCCCUGGAAGGGGAGAAUGCAGAGAUGCAGAAGGAGCUGAAGGUCCUACAGGGAGCCAAGCAGGAGUCGGAGCAGCGGCGCAAGAAGCUGGAGAGUGUAGUCCAGGAGUUGCAGCUCCGGACUGCAGAGAGUGAGAGAGUGAAGACUGAACUCAAGGAGCGGCUGGCAAAGCUGCAGAAUGAGCUUGAUGGGGUCUCUGGUACCCUUGGAAGUGCAGAAUCCAAGACAAUAAAGCUUACCAAAGAUCUUGCCAGUGUAGAAUCCCAUCUGCAAGAUACUCAGGAGCUGCUCCAGGAAGAGACACGGCAGAAGCUGAAUCUGAGCUCGCGAGUCCGGCAGCUGGAGGAGGAAAAGGGGGCCCUGCUGGAACAGCUGGAGGAGGAGGAGGCGACGAAGGCCAACCUCACCCGCCAGAUCCAGACCUUGCAGCAGCAGGUAAUGGAGACGAAGAAGAAGCUGGAGGAAGAUGCUGGGGUGGCCGAGGCGAUCGAGGAAGCUCGCCGGCGGGCAACCAAGGAGGUGGAGGGGCUUUCUCUGCGCCUUGAAGAGCGUGUCCAGGCAUGCGACAAGCUGGAGAAAGGGCGGACUCGUCUGCAGCAGGAACUGGAUGACGUCACGGUCGCCCUCGACCAGCAACGCCAGGUGGUCUCAGCACUUGAGAAGAAGCAAAAGAAAUUCGACCAGAUGUUGGCGGAGGAAAAGCUGAUCUCUGCCCGCUACGCCGAGGAGAGGGAUCACGCGGAAGCAGACGCCCGGGAGAAAGAGACCAAAGUGCUGUCACUAAGUCGUGCUCUGGAAGAGGCACUGGACGCCCGGGAGGAGCUGGAGCGGCAGAACAAGCAGUUGCGGGCUGACAUGGACGACCUGGUCAGCUCCAAGGACGAUGUCGGCAAGAAUGUGCAUGAGCUCGAGCGCUCCAAGCGGAGCCUGGAGCAACAGGUGCAAGAGAUGCGAGCCCAGCUGGAGGAGCUGGAAGACGAGCUUCAGGCCACCGAGGACGGGAAGCUGCGCUUGGAGGUCAACAUGCAGGCCCUUAAGGCGCAACACGAGAGGGAGCUGCAGAGCCGUGACGAUGCCAACGACGACAAGAAGAAGUUGCUCAGCAAGCAGGUGAGGGAGUUGGAGGCUGAGCUGGAUGCUGAGCGGAAGCAGCGGGCCCAAGCACUCGCUGCCCGGAAGAAGCUGGAGCUCGACCUCCAGGAGGCAGUGGGGCAGCUGGAUGCCGCCAACAAGGGACGGGAUGAGGCAGUGAAGCAGCUGCGCAAGUUGCAGACCCAGAUGAAGGAGAUCUGGCGGGAAGUCGAGGAAACACGUGCAGCCCGGGAAGAGAUAUUCAUCCAGUCGCGCGAGAGUGAGAAGAAGCUGAAGAAUCUGGAGGCGGAGUUGCUGCAGCUGCAGGAGGAUCUGGCAGCAUCGGAACGAGCCAAGAGACAGGCGCAACAAGAGCGGGAUGACCUGGCAGAUGAACUGGCCAAUGGGAACAGUGGCAAAUCAGCUCUUCUGGAUGAAAAACGGCACCUGGAAGCACGAAUUGGACAGCUGGAGGAGGAGCUGGAUGAGCAGCAAAGCAACAUGGAGCUCAUGAAUGACCGGUACCGCAAGCUUAGCAUGCAGGUAGAGACAAUCACCACUGAGCUGGCGGCUGAGCGCAGCUUCUCGCAGAAGACCGAGAACGCUCGGCAGCAGCUGGAACGCCAGAACAAAGACCUGAAGGCCAAGCUGGGGGAGAUGGACUUAUCCAUCAAGUCCAAGUACAAGAUGAUGAUCGCAACUCUGGAGUCCAAGGUCGCCCAGCUGGAGGAGCAGCUGGAACAGGAGUGCUGGGAGAGGAUCCAGGUAGGAAAACACGGGCGAAGGGCAGAGAAGAAACUGAAGGAAGUGAUCUUACAGGUGGAUGAGGAGAGGAGAAAUGCGGAUCAGUUCAAAGACCAGGUUGAAAAGGGCCAUAUGCGGCUGAAGCAACUGAAGCGGCAGCUGGAGGAGGCCGAGGAGGAGGCCUCGCGGGCCAACGCCAACUGCCGCCGCAUGCAGCGCGAGCUCGAGGACGUCACCGAGUCCGCCGAGUCCAUGAACCGCGAGGUCACCAGCCUGCGGAACCGCCUCAGCAAGCUGGAGCGCCGGCAGCGGAAGUACGUCCUCCCUGUUCCCUCCCCAACGCUGCAUGUGUGUGCUUUGUGGUGCGGUUUGGCGUGGGGUGUGCGCAAUUGCAGUGCUGCAGCUUUCCACUUCACCCUUCCCCAAGACAGACCCCACGUGGGAGAACCUCCAUCUGAUCUCCUUCCUUAUAUUUUGCACUCCGAAGUAGUGGUUGGAUUUUCUGGAUUUUUGGCCAGAAGGAGGGAGGUGGAGGGCUGCUUCUUUUAUCUAAAACCCCUUCAAAUUGUUAGACCCACAGAGGGCGAGGGAAGAUGGCAUGGUAGGGAGCACUGUGCCAGGACAGACCAUUUGACUGGGUUCAGACAACACAAGGACCCACACACAACGGCUGUUGAACCAUGCACUUUUGUUGAGAUGUAAGUUAUCUGAACCCAACCAUGCUAACAAGGCUCAGUGAACAACCCAGCAACAAGCCAUGGGUUCUGUUGAUGGGUUGUUAGUAGUUAUCAAGCCAUGGGUUGUAAGUAUAGUUGUGUUCAAACAAUACAACAACCCACAUUUGAGAAACAUCCCACACUCAACCCUUAAGUGUUGGCUGUCGUAUUGUCUGAAAUCAUUUGUUGUCUGGAAGGACCUGUGCUGUCUGCACUGGCUUUCCAGAUUCCUAGACAGGAAAAGUCAUUUGCAUCACCUGAAUCCCGUAACUGCAGGUACCAGAGAAUAAACCUGGGCCCUUUGGCAUACAAGGCAGUCUAUGGUCCACCCCUAUAAAGUUUGCAUAUAUGUAUGUAUAUAAUUUGAUAUUCACCUAGGUUUUCUAGAGGAAAAACAAGGGAGCUUCCAAUAGUCUCUGUCAUUCUGUUUAUUACAUUUUUAGCCUCCCCACCCCCCAAAGGAUGGUAUACAUCUUCCUUUCAUGACCUGGUGUUCUCCAGAUGCUUUGGGUUUCAGUUUCCAUCUGUACAAGGGCAUUUAUCAUGUACUCAUCAUCCCCUACUCAUUUUUGUUUACAGGUUCUUUAGACCAUAACAUGAGCUCCAAUUUCGAUUUUGUGGCUAAGCAGUAUCUGGGGCAGCUUUUUAGCUCAGGGAAAGCUAAAAUUUAAUUGCUUUAGCUCAUGGGUCCUCAAACUACGGCCUGCAGGCUGGAUCCAGCCCGCCAUAGCUCACCUUGUGUGCGCAGCAAGGUACCGGCUUGCUCGCAAGGAGAUAGUUUUGGACUUGUUGGGAGAAAAUGAUCUCUGCACACGCACGCCCCUGCCAUUCUGCAUGCGUGCGCACACCCCUGCCCCAGCCCGGCCCGCUCCCCCUGCCUGUACCACCUUGGUGGCCGGCGCCCAUCCCUGCCACCUUUCAACUGGCCCCCUAGUCAAAAAGUUUGAGGACCCCUGCUUUAGCUGAAAGCAAACACAGCACAGUUUUUGGCAUUUGCAGUAUACUGCUAUACCACAGUGCCACCUAGAGGAUAUGUAAUGGAAAAGCAGGAAAGGAAACCCUCCUUGUGUGGGACUUGCAUAUUUUGCAACAAACCCAAAAGUAGGCACAGCUAAUUAACAGCCUUGUAUGGUAAAGUUCUUAGUCUGCCCUGCACCAAAGUGCCACAGUACAGGUACCUGCUUCCCUCCCGCCCUCAGCAAGGCUUUUCGGGGAUUGGGGAGGGUGUUAAAAUGAGGAACGGCUAUAUUGGGGGAGAGCGGGUGAAGCACUCCCCUGCCAGCCCUGCAGCUUCAGUCCAAGAUGUGGGUCCUCCCAUUGCUUUAAGCAUGUAGAUUCAGCAUUUGAGGGGGAUCCGAUGGCGGUCUUUGUCCCACGGGAGAAGGGCACAGGAGCAGCUUGGUUGGCAUACCCAGCAUCUUCCCUGCCCGCUUGUGAGGAUGCUUUCACUCCUGGGCCGCUUGCAGUUGAUGUGAGAGCCGCCAGCUGUGCCUCCCUCAAGCAGGGCCAGCUGAGCUAGGCUUGUGUUUUCCAGGCCUGGCUGCUGCUUUAUUUGCAGUGGAGAAGCCCCUGCCUUCGCUCUGCCUUCUCCAGCCCCGCAGCACCCAGAUGUGUUGGGCUGGGAAUGGCAGGUGCAGUGCAACACAUCUGGAGGGCCCCAGGUUGGGGGAGGGGGAUAGUCAUGCUCCUCCCUGUGGGGAUGUUGCUUCUCUCGGGGGUUAAGUGCCACCUGCAUGCAGCCAGUGUCCUCAGGCUCGCCCCCCCGCCCCCCCCCCCCAGCAAACAGCAACCACAAAAGCAUGGGAAAAGGAUGGGCUGUUUUAAAACGCCGCAGGUAGGUGGAAGAGGAUGCCACGAAACCCUGGCUGGUGAUUGUGAUGUGUACUUUCCAGAUGAGUUGGACUGCAACUCCCAUCAUCCCUCGCCAGCACAGGCAACAGCGAGAUAUUUUGGGAGGUUGUGUCCACCUGUUGGAUUCCUGCCUUCCAUGCAUCCACACCAAGGCACAGAGCCACUGCUGGGGAGCACAGUGAGAGCCUCACACUGCCGUGUCCUCUGAAAACCUUAAAAGCUGCCGUUAGUGGCAGGACAAGCAGGAAGAAAGUGAGGAACAGCUAAGGAAAUGGAUGAAAAGGGAUUCUAAGUAUGAGUUUACAGUGGCCCUCCCCCAACCUGGAUCACAGGGCCCAUCUUUCCCAGUUGCACUGAAUUACCUCUGGAAGGUAACCAGUUGGGAAAGUUCUGCUGAUGCAGAACUUUAUUUAUUUAAAGCUUUUAUAUACCAUCCAGCCACUAGUAUCUCAAACUCAUCAGUUCUCAAACUUUUUACUGACCACUGAGAAUUGCUGGCAUCUCAUUAGACUACUUUAAAUAGCAUUUUACCCCUACAAAUCAAAGCACCUAUGUGUUUUCAUUGAAAUAGAAAUUCUUCAGCACCUGCAUUAUCAUCAAAAUCAGCACUUGUAGCCCAUUCAAUAGUAGGAUGCUAAACCAUGGGCCAGGGUCAAAAUACAGCUACUCUGUUCUUUCACAAGAUUUCCAUGGACUGUUCUGAGUACUUCCAAAUUAGAAUCCUCUCAGCAAAAUAUACACAGAAUAAGUGUGGUUUUGUUUUGUUUUUUUAAGUGGAGGUUCUGUUUUCUAUCAACUGCAACUAGGAAUCUAAAGGAUUCCAGGCCCCUGGUAAAAGGAAAAGCUCUAGAAUAAGGAUUGUUUCCAUACUAGUCUGGAAUUGUUACUCUUCACUUACUCCAGUUUUAUGGAGAAACAAGACAUUUCAACAUAUCUCCAGUGGUUGCUGUUUUUCUCCCCUCUGUCUCUUUUAGAUUUGAUGUGUGAGGUUUUCUUUCUUCUUAGUUGAAAAUAAUGACAGUAUGUCUGUCCAUCCAGUAUGGUCUGGCAAGAUGCUAUAGUGUCUUUUUAGUGCUACUGUGCCUCUAAUUAGAAAUUUCCAUAUCAAAUGAUUUGCUUCUGAUUGCUUCAUAUUCAGCACCCUACAACAUUAGAGAUGAAUUACUCCUUAGCUGUUAAUUAUGUCCCAUUACCUGUGGGGCAAGGAAGGCACUUUAAUUAUUUCUGCCUCCUUUCUUGAUGUCAAACAGUGCAAAGAGGAAGGUAUUUAUUCUCCAUCAUCAUGAAUGCUGUGUUGUGCUGUACAGGGAGCCAUUCCAAGAAAAGGAAGCUUCUGAUUAAAGUCGUGGGAACUGACACUAAACAGUUCUCAGUUAAUGUUACAGACGUUCUUGGCCACUGAAUGAGGCAUUGCCAGAAAGCCCAGUGCUUAUCCUUUGACAUGUGGAACUGCUACUUUAAUUCCACUUCCAGCUGACUGCAGAAUAGCAGUGCUAAGCCCUUAAUGUGGACAGGAUCAGGGAAAGAGGAGCUGGAGCUGCAGAAGCAGGAUGGGAGAAAAAAGACAGGAAAAGGACUAGUGGACUGCAUGUCCAGGCUGCAGGUCUCCUCACUUGGAAGGCGGCCAUUGGCCCGGAUGGUCCGUGGGUGCGGAUGGGGAGGCUUACCUCUUUCCCAGGGUGCAAAUCCCUUUCAGCUCCAGAGCCAAAUCCUGUUUACAAGGAGCUCUCAGGAGCCAUGUCCUUGGGGCGAGGCCAGACUCCGAAAGGGCAGGGUGACACACACACGAGUGUCCCAGUUGCUUUUGCUGCCUGUACCUAAACCUUGGGAGAAAGCUCAGCCUUUUAGAAAAGGAGGGGGAAAGCUGCGCAAAGGGCGGCAAACCACUCCGGGAUGGAUGGAGACCCCUGGUGGGCCAAAGAGGCCCCCCGGUGGGCUGAGGCUUUGCUCUGCUGUGCUGCGCAUUCUGUCUCGGCAUCAGCAACCGGAGGGGCAGCUUUAAACAUUCAAGUAUUUUAAGCUAGACCGCCGGCAUUGCACCGGAGGGACAUGGAGCGAUGUCGGCCUUCCAGCUUCUCCUGGCUGGACAGGAGCAGGAGCAGGGAGCAGCUGAAAUCGCGCCCAUGCCAUGGCAGCGAAGAGCGCUUACUAGAGAGAGAGACUCAGUCGUCAGCCUUGCCUGGGAACGCUCGGGAUCGGCGUAUUUUUCAGGGGC